GCGGAAAGAACACCUCCCUGGAUGGUGUCUAUCCAAGGCUUUGUUUGCCGCGUUUGGUACAGGGGUGAACCCGUAAUUUGUAAUAUCUGUAGCAAGGAGGGACACAAAUCUAUGUCCUCUCCGGACAAGAAUAAAUGUUGUCUCUGUGGUAGUGAAGGGCAUCUGGCUCGGUCCUGCCCCACUCUCUGGGGUAAUCGUGAGGCUCAUAAUCCUGCUCCUCCUUUGGAGCAACCUGCUGCUGACACGAAUGCCGCUGGCGCUGCUGCCACGGAGGCUGUUAAUGCUGUUUUGAAUGCUGAAACUCAGGCUUCUCCUUCUAGUAAAACCCUUGAUGACAACGGGUCUAAUAAUGCAGGAUUGAAUGCUGGAGAAGCUUUGCCUUCUGUUGAAGGCACUCCAAAAGCCUCCUCUGAAUCUAGCCAAAUUGAUUCCGACGAAAUUAAUGAAUUUACCUCUCAGGAGUCUCAGGAGUCUUCUUCACAAGACUCUGAAAGUAUUUCUCAAUUCUCCGAUCAGAGUCAAAGCAUUCUUUGUAAUGCAAAUGGUAGUGUUAUUAAUCAAAGCAAUAAUGUUGUGGUUGUGUUAGAUGAGGGCCAAGCCCCUUCUUCGCCUGGUGAUACUCAAGAUGAAGUUGAAGAUAUGGAU